CCAGCCCAGCGCGCAUGAAUUUAACGAUUGGAGACGGACUGGCCGCCUCAUUGCGCGCUGCCGGGCCCAGCUGCUUUGGGGCGAGCCAGAGGCCGCGAACAGCCGCUCCGAGCAGCGCUGCCGUCGCUGGAGGAGCGCGGAAGCCAGGUGCCGGCGUCCCGGUGGAAGGAAGUCCACGGCGAGUACCGAAUAUCCCUUUGGUCAGUGGGAGUCAGCUGUCCCAGCUGUGUUCCCUCACAGCUGCUUGUGCACCCUCAGCCUCCUCGCUGGCAGAGCAGUGUGAGCAGCAGAAAAGGCCUUGACACUGUAAAGUUGUUCUGAUAAAGUAAAAUGGAUCCUUGCACAGUUGGACUUCAGCUUCAAGCUACCAAUGAAUGCCAUAAGACUUAUUAUACCCGUCACACUGGCUUCAAGACUAAGCAAGAUAUAUCUUCAUCUGAUCUGCUGCUACUUCAGCUUAGGACGGGAAUAACCCUUUCUGAAAACAAUACAAUCUGCUUCCACCAUGCAAAAAUUUACAUUGAAAGAUUUGAAGACUUGCAGAAGUCAUGCUGUGAUCCCUUUAAUAUACACAGAAAGCUAUCAAAGAAAAACUUGCGAGCAAUUGACUUAGAUGAUGCAACUUUUCUAAGUGCCAAGUUUGGAAGACAAUUUGUACCUGGUUGGAAGCUUUGUCCCAAAUGUAUGCAGAUAAUAAACGGAAGCGUGGAUGUUGAAUCUGAAGAUCGACAAAAAAAAAAACUUGAUUCAGACGGGCGUACAGCUAAGGCCUUAAAGUCUCUACAGUUUGCUAAUCCAGGACGACAGACUGAAUUCACUCCUGAGACCAGUAAGAGGGAAAAAAGAAGGCCGCAAGUAAAAAAUGCAUCAUUUAAUUCGGACAGGCAAGUUAUACCAGCCAAGAGUAAAGUCUACGAUAGCCAGGGGCUGCUACUUUACAGUGGGAUGGACCUCUGUGAUUGUCUUGAUGAAGACUGCCUGGGAUGUUUCUAUGCUUGCCCCAAGUGUGGCUCCAACAAGUGUGGAGUUGAAUGUCGCUGUGACCGCAAGUGGCUGUAUGAGCAAAUUGAGAUAGAAGGAGGAGAAAUAAUUAAAAAUAAGCAUGUUGGUUAGUGUAUAUGCACAUUAUUUAUCCCGUGUAUAUAUUCCAUGCUUUGAUUAAACACAACACAUUCAUUGUUUUGUGGUUUAAUGAAAGCCAUUGGAAUUCAUCACAAUCCACAGGAUUAAUGUGCUCGCUUUCACAUUCAUUUUCAGCAUGAUUAUGGAAACAAUCAUACUAGACUUUUCACACUUCAUUCUACCUUGUACUCAGUCUUGUUAAAUGUCAUCUAAGUAAGUUCUCCUUGAACAGUCUUUCACUGUAUUUAAGUAUAAGGUGCAAAGUUUUCAUGUGAUAUAUCCUGAACCACUCACUGCUAUUUCAUACACUGUUUUGUAGAGUGUACCAUCUCCAUGUAUCCCUAAGUUUUCCAUCUCUAGUUCAGGGUCUCAUGGGUUUGAAUCUGUUUUAUGUGAAACACUGUAAAAGUUCUCAGUGAACUUACACGCUUAGUAAAGCUCUCUCUAAUAUCAAUAGAGAAUGCUGUAUCUUCUACAGUUUAUCCCAGCUACAUCAGACAAGAUUAAUCCUGUUCACUUAAAUGGAUUCAGAGGCAUUUAAGAGUUCAGAUCCCAUUCAAGCUACUGGGAUGUGAGAUCAAGUUAUCCUUAUGAAUACAAGCCUCACUGUUUAAGUGUUAUUAAACUGUCAAGUUUAAUACUGUUAAGUGUUUAAAGGCAUUGAAAACUAUAUUUAAGUGUUUAGUUUUAGUACUGUUUUGUUGAUUUCUGUAUAAUAGAAAUAAUUUUGCUGUAUUUGUUACCAGUCUGUAAUUGGACUGGACUGGUACUUCAGCAGCCCUCUACCUUAAAAACAAGUAAAAAGAAAAAAGGGAAAAGGUUUCCAUGCAGCUGAAGUGAAUUUGAGUGUCUCUUCCCAAACUAAGAAUAUCUAGACUGCUACCAAAAAAACAUCAGUUUUUAAUUGAAAUUAUGUUUGGUUGAUGCAUUAUCUAUCUUUAGAACAUUAAAAUUUUACAAUACAAAAAUAAUUAUAGAAAAGCUAUUUUAUAGUUGAAAUCUUAAUAACAUUUAGUGUUAGUCCUUGGUAUUUUUGUUGUGUUUUAGAUAAGUUUACUAUUUCUGUGAUAGACUAGUAAGAUCUGAAUGCUUAUUGAAUCACAUUUAUUAGAGAAUACUGAUAACUAUUGAUUCCUGAAGACUUACUUGAUAAAGUUGUAUAAUCUUUUUUUUUCCUGAUAAGUGUUGGGAAGAUUGCAUUGCUAAAAUCCAAAAUUAUGCUUUGAGUUGUACUGACCUCUGCUGGUCCUAGUGAAGUAGCAACAUCAAUUUACACUACAUUUGUAUUAGAUAUAUAUAUAUAUGCUAGAAAAAUAAAGAUACUUUCUGUUUUGGUCAGA